AUGGAGAUGUCUACUCAGUCAGACAAUGACCCUCGCAACUGGUCAAUUGAUCGAGUUGUCUAUGAGCUUUGUCAAAAUCCAACCCCAAGAUGGUCUACUGCAGAGGGGCCGCAGUUCAUUCCAGACCGCCACCUUCUGGAGGACACCCUGCGUCAGAACCAUGUCGAUGGAGACAAUCUACUGGUGCUGGACAUGGGCGCGCUCAAGGAUGACCUUGGUGUCGCGUCAUUUGGUCAGAGAAGAGCCAUCAUGAAGGCCGUUGAACACUUCCGCUCUUGGUCCCCAAGCUGGCAGGAUCUGAAAUUCAACCAAGAUCGGAUCGCGAAAAUGCAGCAGGAGCUCGCAGCCUUCAGAGCCCAGCAGGAGGCACCCCUCCAGCAGUUCAUCCAGUCGCAGUCGCGUACAUCAGCUGCUCCUCUUAGUACUUUUGCAGGACCGGGGACCUUCCCUUCCGUCCAGUCUGAGCCUCUCACACCUUCAUCUCUGUCUCACAGUUCUGCUGUUCAACCACGAUUGGGUCCACAGAAAGGCGUUUUGAUGGAGAUACCUGACAGUGUCUUCCCGGCGCCUGCGCCUGUCACCACUCAGUCCUCUUUGCAACGCACUGUGCCAAUGCCUUUGGAUCACCCCAUGGUCGAUAUGGGUGCCACAAGAUCGGCCAGACCUAAAGAGCCCGCCACGGCCAAGGUCUUCCAACCAACUGGUGCACCUCAGAGAGGGGCCCAACAGCAUGCGCUCGUCAAGGCCAAGAAGAGAAUUGUACCAACAUUUGUCCCACAGACAGACAAAGUCGCUGCCGUGGAAGCCGCCGGUAUCACAUACCUAUCUCCUGCUACGGUGCCUGUGCAAGACAUCUUCUUUCACAAAAUCUUGACGGACUUUGGCGACAUCUUCUAUCGCACCCCUGUUGAGAGCUCCGACAACUUUGUCAUCAGUAGCCACGCCCCUAAUGGUCGGAGAAGAGAUGUCGCGAAACGUAUCCGACACUUUCUUCGUCAAGAUGUUAUUAAGCUCCCCCAGAGCAAGAAUCUCAUCAGACUUCCUUACAGCUCUAGUCGACUUCAAGAGUCAGUCUCCGAACAAUACUUCACCAUGUUCCCACAGCCUGGUGGACAGACCAGAGUGUACCGUGUGGACGACUUCCCAGAGGUCAAGAAGAUCGCGGGAGAAAAGAAUAUCCUUCCUGGCACUAUGGCAUUGCUGACAGAGCACGGCUCCAAUGUCAAUGGGUCACCGCUCAAGGACGGCUCGGACAAGAAAUCUGAUUGGCACGAUUUGGAUUACUUGCUUGACAAAUAUCCCGUGGCCGGUUCAGAUGAAGCACUCCCGGUCUAUGGAGAUUCUGGUGAUGAAGGAGAGCUUGACGAAGCGACCUGGCAAGAGAUCCAGGACGAGCGCAACGAAAAGGCCCGCGAGCUGUCGACCAUGACUCGUGCUCAAGUCGAGGCUGUCAUCGACCAGACGGUGGAAGAGAUGAAGCAAGACUGGCGCAACACCAAAAUGGUCAAGGCCCAACUAAAGGCGUAUCGUCUCUGGAUGCAGGCGGCCAAGAAGAAGAAUCGUCGAGACGAGCUUGACUACAUUGACCGCGAGAAAGCCCGUUUCGAGCGUAUGAAGAAUAAGAUCAGACAGGCCGUGGCUGAUGAUAUCUGGCGGACACCAGCUGAAGUUAAGAAACAAUGCCAGAACAUCGAAGUGGCAGUCUUUCAAUACGAGGAAUUUGAGUACUAUAAUCAAGUCCUCCACCAGGACUACCCCCCGCCACGUCCGAGUCCAAAGGCUCUAAAGAAGGCAUGCAAGCACAAACAGCAAGCGCUGGACGAUGGUGAGGAAAUCAUUGACUCAGAGUCAGAGCGUCUGGAAGAUGAUGCAGCGUUUGUGGUACAGGAAUCUUCUGAUGGCGGCUCGAUUCGUCAUGAGCCGGAUCCAGAUUGGAAUCCUGUUAUUCCCGACACCAAGAAGGACACAGACUCUCGGGCGUCGACAAGCCAUACAUCUUCCACUCCUAUUCAUGGGGCCGCAGAGGACGCAGAAUCGGCAAUGUUGAUCGACUCUCGAGCCAGCGAUGCGGAUGUUGAUAGCGAGACUAGUGAUGACGAGAUCGUCACACCUAUGCGUCGCCGCAAGAGAUACGAUGAUAACUCCAGUUCUUCCGACAAUGUCGAGAUCGCCCCGACAGCAACCAACGGCCUGCUCAGCCUGCCUUCACGCCCUCGGAGUAGCGACGCUGGUUCAGACAACUCCGAUCUGGACCGGUUGCCCCGGCUUCCAAAGUCCAAGUUCCGGACACAGGGUCGAAGAGACACUGAACCUGUGGAUCUGACCUUUUCCAGUCCUGGCCCAGGAAACGACUCUGCCACUAAUGAGGUCAGCACUGGCACCGGCACGGACUUUGAGGUAAAUACCCCCGAACUCAACCCUUCCACAGAGCAGACGCCAGAGAAGCCACGACUUAGAGAGUCUAGUAUCAUCUCGUUGUCGUCCACUGUGGAUUCUAUGCAGUUAUCCCCUCAAGACGACUCCGGAUUGCCUCAUAUUGAGGACAUACGGGGCGUGCGGGCUACAGAUUGGGCCCAGAUUGAGAAUCUUGCUGACCGACACCGAGCACUGGCCAAAGCUGUCUAUGAACUCGACCCUGAACACGUUAGUGGGUUCUGCAUGUUUGUUGACUCCCUAAAAACCCACAGCAAGCGCAGAGAGGUCAUCUUCGACGGACUGCUGGCUUUCCAUCGUGGGCAAAGUCGUAAAAUCAAAGGAAUCGAGGACAAGUGGCAAACAAUGGCUCGAGUUUUUGUUCUUUUCUAUGUCACAUUUAUCUGUGGACACCAACUCAUGCACAUGUUGUCAGUGUCUCCUGUGCACAUCGAUCGUGCAUUUGAGGAGAUAGGCUCCUCGUUUGAUCGUUUCUACGGUCUCCUGACUAGGCUCCUUGAGAAUCUCCUGCACGAAUUUGACUACCUUGACAAACAACAAGGCACAAAGAGAAAGAGAGAUGAAGAGAGCCUUUCUAAUGCAGAGAUAUUGGACAAUGAGAUGGAAAUUGAAGAUAUCUCCAGCGAUCCACUGGGUCGUGAUGGUCCUUCCUCCGCCCACAAGAAGCGGAAGCGCAAGGUGGUCGAAAGUCAACAGGCCCUCGAUAUGCAGCAAAGUGAUCAGGCGCGAAUCCAGCAACAGGAGCAACGACGCCUAGAGAUGGCCAAGAGAAUGACUCAAAUGGCAGCGUCAGGAGACACUCGACACCCGAUCAAUACCACCGAGCCUUAUGUCUACCUUCACUCACACAUCUCCAAUCGUGUCAAGCCACAUCAACUGAUGGGCAUUCAAUUCAUGUGGCGGGAAAUCAUAGAAGACCCCAAACAUCAAGGUUGUAUUUUGGCACACACCAUGGGCUUGGGAAAGACCAUGCAGGUGAUCUCUCUACUCGUCAGCAUUUCGUCCUGCAGCAAGAGCAGCGACCCCAAGGUCAGAGGCCUUAUUCCGGCGCAACUGCGGAAGAGCAAAACCCUCAUUCUCUGCCCUGCUUCCUUGGUCGAGAAUUGGCUUGACGAGCUGAUGUUGUGGACCCCUGAUCCCUUGUUUCUAGGUCGGAUCUACAAGAUGGAGUCAUCAAAUCCAUCUGUACUUGCGGAGUGGUCUAGGCAUGGCGGAGUCUUGCUGGCCAGCUACGAGAGAUUCCGGAGAAUGAUUUCUCUGAGCGCAAAAUCCAAAGAAAAGGGAGAGCACCAAGUGGUCGACGUGGAAAAGAUCCUCUUGGAAGAACCCACACUGGUUGUUGCGGACGAAGCUCAUAAGCUGAAGAAUCCGGGCUCUACGAUACACCAGUACGCCAAACGAUUCAAGACGACGAGCCGCAUUGCGUUGACUGGCUCGCCGCUCAACAACCAUCUCGAAGAGUAUUACACCAUGGUGGAUUGGAUUGCCCCUGGUUACCUUGGGUCGAUUGUGCAGUUUCGGUCCAAGUACUCGGAGCCCAUCAUCGAGGGCCUGUACAGCGACAGCACGCCGUUUGAGCGACGGCUGUGUCUUCGCAAACUCCAUGUGCUCAAGCGAGAUCUGGACCCGAAGAUCAGUCGAGCUGACAUCUCUGCCAUUGAGAAAGACAUGCCAACCAAGACGGAGUUCUUUAUUACCGUGCCACUGACGAUGCUGCAGCAACAGGCAUAUGACAUCUACGUCAAGUACAUGGAGGAAACUUUCCGCCUGACAAAGGGGAGGGCGCGUAAUGCGAGGAUGUGGGACUGGAUUGCCAUGUUGUCAUGGCUGUGUCAUCAUCCGUCCUGCUUCUUCACGAAGCUCAAUGAGCGCUUGGAGAAGGAUGCUGCUGCCGGGCGUCACGAGGCCAAUGUGGCCCUCUCUGCCUCUGCGGACGAGGGGAAUGAUGCCACGGCAAAUCAGCAGGCCGACAAUGCACCAACACCCGAGACCGUGAAAGAAGAUACACAGGUCGACACUUCGGGUGUAUUGGGCGAAGCUAUGCAGCAAGUCCUACAACUCUUCCACGAAUCCAACUAUCCCGGCAUUUUUGAAGAGCCUUCUUUAUCUAACCGUACACUCGCAGUGCAACAGAUCCUCAAAGAAGCGAGUGCCAUCGGCGACAAGACAUUGGUUUUCACACACAGCAUUCCGACCUUGAACUACCUAGAGAGGAUGUUAAAAGACAUGGGCCUUCGCUUUUUCAGACUGGACGGAGGAACAGACGUGUCGACGCGCCAGGCUUCCACCAAGAAGUUCAACGAGAAGAAUCAGAGUGACGCCCAAGUGUUCCUGAUCUCGAUGAAGGCAGGCGGCCUUGGCUUGAACCUACAAGGUGCAAACCGUGUCAUCAUCUUCGAUUUCAGCUUCAAUCCUUCCUGGGAAGAACAGGCCAUUGGUAGAGCUUACCGUCUCAACCAGAAGGCGCCGGUGUUCGUUUACCGGUUCCAGGCUGGAGGUACAUUCGAAGAUUUACUCUUCAACAAGGCUGUCUUCAAGACCCAACUGUUUGGCCGUGUGGUGGACAAGAAGAAGCCCAAGCGCCAUGCCACCAAGUCGAAUGUCGACUAUCUGUUUCCGGUCAAAGACGUUCCUCAACAAGAUUUUUCUGACUGUCUCGGCAAAGACCCGAAAGUCCUUGACGUUGUCAUUCGGCGCUUGGAUUGUUUUCGCGGCAUUGUCCUGACCGAGACCUUCCAGAAAGAAGACGACGAGCAGUUGAAUGAUGAGGAGCAGAAAGCCGCGGAAGAGGAGUUUCGAGACCAACGUCUACUGCGCGAGGACCCGGUAGCAUGGGAGGCCAAAGAGGCGGAGCGUCGAAGAAAGGAACACGAGCAGCGGAGGAAGGAAAUGGAGCAGCGAGUACCGGCCCAAUCACAACCGACGCAAGCACUUUCAGCACCUCAAGCACCCGGGUCCGUUCCACCGGUGGCAGUCGAUACCCGAUCUGCCUCUUCCUCGGCUGCAGAACAGCAUCACCGCCGUGUGCAGGCAAGCCACGCCCAACAACCUUGGAUGACGCCCUCGCCCCAUCUCUCCGGGCCUGCAGGACAGGUAAACACUUUUUCUGCUCCUCAAGCCUCGAUGAUGCCUCCCCCUUUCCGCCGAUCCGACUUUGACACUACACCAUACGGUCAACCAAUGCCUCCUCCCCCUCCACCAGCACCACCUCUGCCACCACCACCGGCUGGUCACUUUCUUGCACGUCGUCAGCAAAACACCCCUCCUACAGUGCCACCGGCCGCUCCUCAGGGCAAUCAGCCAUUCCUUCAACCCAACACAACCCCUGCGCCUACUGCUGAUGCGGCCAAGGGCGAUUCUGACGUUGUGAUGAACGAAGGAUGA